AUGAGCAUCCACAUAUAUCCUACACAUUGUGGUGUUGAUCCGUCAGGAAGCGAAAUAUCUACUACAGACAGCCUAAUUCAAGAGUUUCAAGAAUUUGAAGCACAAGUCUAUUCUGGUGCAUUAUUCGAUCAGAAUUGUAGAACAAGCACUCCAUUAACUGAAAAUAAAAACUGUCUACCAAGUCAAACGAUGAAUAUCCCGACAAUAAAACUUGAUCCAUGUCUGCGCGAAACUUGUACUAACCAGCGACUGGAAGGAAAACGUGAGACAAAUGGAAUGUCUGAUAUUGAAGUAGACAGUCUAGAUGACGAACCAGCGAAUCCUGAAGCACAAAACAGUAUGAUAUCAAAAACACCAGUGCAUACUGAUUCCCAGUGUAAAAGCAAUAAUUCACCGGAUUAUCGUGCAAAGCUUUCACGCAUUCCACAGUUGAUUCGAUCACCGAACAAAGUGACUAGUCACCUACUAUAUCAAACAGUUUGGAGGUAA